AAAUAACGUUAACAACAACACACCGACCAUGAAUGCAGGUGAUAGAAGUCUACUUCCGGACCGUGAUCACGUGUGUACACGCGCACGCGCACGCGCACGCUCGUACUUAACCUUUAGCUCGUUAUUCUUUCGUAUCUAAAACGAGAAGCUUCAGCAAAGUCCAUCGGUUAUUGACCUUGAUCUGUGGUCAAAAAUGUGCGAGAGUCCACACUGGAGAUUCGGGUUCCUGGUAUAAGGGGGGUGCCUGAAUGAGUGAGAACACGAUUUUGCCACAUUCAGGGUACUCCUCUUGUAAAAGAUCACUAGAUGUUCAGCGCAAGCAGACUCGUAUUCCCGACCGCUCAGGCACCCCCCUUGUGACAAAGUUAGGUAGGGUAAGGCUCAUGCAAGCUAAGCUUGUGAACGCCAUCUCCGUGCCCACUCCUUCGGGCUGCGCAUCUCGGCGGACCACAUCUCGACAACAUCUAGCAUGCUAAUCAUCGUACCCAUGAUCGGAAAAGCAAGAGGCGUGAAGCUGGGAAUCCUGGUCAUGGGCAGCCACAAACGUGAAAACAGACGGUUGCAGGUCUUGUGAGAGGGCCCUCCGCGGAGCACUUUUUUUAUACGGCGUAAAUCUGUCGCGGUCUGGACUGCGUCCG